AUGGCCGAGCUCCCAUCGAAGGUACACGUCACCAGGCACCCCAUCUGCCUGAGGGUAUGUGGUCACUCUGUGUAUGUGGACGAGGACCAGCGCACGUGGCUGCAUCUCGUCAUGGAGACAGGUGUCCUGCAAGUACGGUUGCGCCAGGAAGACAUCCACAGUGGGCAUAUCCCACUAACUACCAGCCCACAGACCUCAAGCACCAUGCCUUCUUGGUGGACACUCCAGUUUGGCAGCCGGUACCUGGACCCCAUGGGCCGGUUCUGGCGCAUCGUCCACCACAUCAAGGAGAAUGGCCUGGAGGAAUUGAUACUUAAGCUGAUGAACGACUACUAG